AUGAGUAACAACAUUCCUCUCCUCGAACCAUCAACAACAGAAGAUUCGAACAACAUUCAACUCGUAGAAUCUGCCUACUACACACAACCCGUUCAUGACUUGGAAAUUGUCGAUGAUGCCAAAUCGACUCUUCCCGAUUCCACACCCACUGCCACGCCCCCAAAACUCACACGACGAGAACAAUUAAAAAAAUAUUGGACCAUUUUCAGGAGAGCUACUUUUGGAAAUCGAAGAUUGAAAUCUUACUUGUUGACUGUGUGUAAAUUUUUCAGUGUCACGUUUUUACAAGCAAAUAAUUUAUUUGAGUUGGAGAAGGCUACUAUUCAUCCUGCUUUUGCCAAAUCGAUUGAAAUUAUUUCUUAUACUUUUAUGGCAGUGUUGAUCUUGUCAUUUACUUUUAGAUAUGUCAGAGAAGUUUAUUGUUCUUGGAAAAAAAGACCGUUGAACAUUACUUUGAAUUGGGCAGAAGCUUGUAUUUUCUUUCUUUACUUUAUUUUUUCAUGCAUGACAGCUGUCACUCAUUUGGUUUUUAUUGGAAAAAGUGCAUACAAUGAAACAAAUCCUGCAACGCCAACCAAAAUCGGCAUGGGUGUAUUUGGAGUAUUAGUGAAUUAUUACAUUAUUUUGGAAAAAGCUUGGGCCUAUUUGAAAGCUUCAAAAUAUUCUGCGAGUAUGUAUUUGGCUAAGGGAACUCUUAUUCCAAAAGCCCAUCCAAACGAAAAGAAGACCAAGUAG